CGUCAUGAACGGACGGAGAACCAACACAUAGCUCAGAUUUGACGUCACCCGCAAUUAAUAGAGAUUGUGCGAGUUGUUUGCGGAGCUAUUAUCCCAGUUUUCCAGUGAAGCAGCUGAAAAAGCGGGACCAGGAGGAAGGCAACCUUUCAAUAAGAACACGCUGUAACAGGUGGACGACGCCAUGGAUCCGGUGUCGGCGCCAAAAGACGUGAAGAUCCUGGAGACGGCCGAGGACAUCCAGGAUCGGCGUGAGCAGGUGCUCGGCCGGUAUGGACAGUUCAAGGCCGGCGCUCGCGUCAAACGCGAAAAGUUGGAGGACUCGCGGCGCUACCAGUACUUCAAGCGCGACGCCGACGAGCUCGAGGGCUGGAUUUACGAGAAACUGCAGGCAGCCAGCGACGAGAGCUACAAAGACUCGUCCAAUCUGCAGGCCAAGAUCCAGAAGCACCAGGCCUUCGAGGCCGAGGUCGCCGCCCACUCGAACGCCAUCGUGAUGCUGGACAACGCCGGCCAGGAGAUGAUCAACCAGGGACAUUUCGCCUCCGAAAUGAUCCGCCGGCGCCUCGACGAGCUGCACAAGCUCUGGGAGAAACUGCUCUCCCGGCUCGCAGACAAGGGGCUCAAACUGCAGCAGUCCCUCGUCCUCGUUCAGUUCUUGAGACAGUGCGAUGAGGUCAUGUUCUGGAUCAGCGACAAGGAGACAUUCGUGACGACAGAUGAGUUUGGUCACGAUCUGGAGCACGUGGAGGUGCUGCAGCGCAAGUUCGACGAGUUCCAGAAGGACAUGGCGUCGCAGGAGUACCGCGUGACCGAAGUGAACGAGCAGGCGGAGCGUCUGGUUGCCGAGGGCCACCCUGACGCUGAGACGGUGCAGCGGCGACGCGAGGAGCUGAACGAGGCGUGGCAGCGGCUCAAGCAGCUCGCCUUGCUGCGUCAGGAGAAACUGUUCGGCGCGCACGAAAUCCAGCGGUUCAACCGCGACGCCGACGAGACGGUCGCCUGGAUCUCGGAGAAGGACGUCGUGCUGUCUUCGGACGAGUACGGCCGCGACCUCGCCAGCGUGCAGACGCUGCAGCGCAAGCACGAGGGCGUCGAACGCGACCUGGCUGCCCUGGAGGACAAGGUCAGCACCCUGGGAGCAGAGGCCGGCCGCCUCUGCGACAUCCACGCCGACCACUCGGAGCAGAUCCAGUCCAAGAAGGCGGAGAUUAUCGCCUACUGGACCAGCCUCACCGCCAAGGCCAAGGAAAGACGUACGAAACUGGAGGAGUCGUACUACUUGCACCGCUUCCUGGCGGACUUCCGCGACCUUUCCUCGUGGAUCAACGACAUGAAGGCCAUCAUCGCCGCCGACGAGCUGGCAAAGGACGUGCCCGGGGCUGAGGCCCUGCUUGAACGCCACCAGGAGCACAAGGGCGAGAUCGACGCUCGCGAAGACAGCUUCCGCUCGACCGCCGAAGCAGGACAGAUGAUCCUGCAGCAGGAGCACUACGCUGCCGAGGAGGUGCAGGAAAAGCUGGUCGGACUGGCCAACGACAAGACCUCCCUGUUGUCUCUGUGGGAGGAGCGACGCAUCCUCUACGAGCAGUGCAUGGACCUGCAGCUGUUCUACCGCGACACCGAGCAGGCUGAUACUUGGAUGGCCAAACAGGAGGCCUUCCUCGCCAACGAGGACCUCGGAGACUCGCUCGACUCGGUUGAAGCUCUCAUCAAGAAGCAUGAGGACUUUGAAAAAUCCCUUGCGGCCCAGGAAGAAAAAAUUAAGGCCCUGGAUGAGUUUGCCACGAAGCUGAUCGAAGGCCAGCACUACGCGGCCGACGACGUGGCCCAGAGGCGCGCCCUGCUCCUGGAAAGGCGCUCGGCGCUGCUGGAGAAGUCGAGCAGCCGACGUGCCUUGCUCGACGACUCGUACCGUCUGCAGCAGUUCGAACGCGACUGCGACGAGACCAAGGGCUGGAUCAACGAGAAGAUCAAGUUCGCCACUGAUGAUAACUACCUGGAUCCGACCAACCUGAACGGCAAGGUCCAAAAGCAUCAGAAUUUCGAGCAGGAGCUGAACGCCAACAAGUCUCGCAUGGAGGAGAUCACGUCGACCGGCUCGGAGCUGAUCGAGGCGCAGCACUACGCGGCCGAGCGAGUUCAGGCGCGCACUGACGACAUCGUCGGCUUGUGGGAAACCCUGGUGGCCGCGACCGACAAGAAGGGGUCGAAGCUGCAGGAGGCAGCGCAGCAGCAGCAGUUCAACCGGACGGUGGAGGACGUCGAACUGUGGCUGUCCGAGAUCGAGGGCCAGCUGAUGAGCGAGGAUUACGGCAAGGACCUGACCAGCGUGCAGAACUUGCAGAAGAAGCACGCGUUGCUCGAGGCUGACGUCGCUGCUCACCACGAGCGGGUCGAGGGCGUCAAUGCGGCGGCUGCGACGUUCGUUGAGAGGGGACAUUUCGAUGCGGACAACAUUCGCGCCAAGCAGACCGCCCUCAGCGACCGGUACGUUGGCCUCCAACGCCCCAUGGCCAUCCGAAAGCAGCGACUUUCUGAUUCCCUCCAGGUUCAGCAGUUGUUCCGCGACGUGGAGGACGAGGAAGCGUGGAUCCGCGAGAAGGAGCCAGUGGCGGCUUCGACCAACCGCGGCCGCGACCUGAUCGGCGUGCAGAAUUUGCAGAAGAAGCACCAAGCCGUGCUGGCCGAGAUCGGCAACCACGACGGACGCAUUUCCGCCGUGUGCCUGGCCGGACAGGCCAUGGUGGACGAGGGCCACUUCGCCUCGGACGACAUCCGCCAGAGGGUGGGCCAGCUCAACGAGCACUGGACCCAGUUGAAGGAGAAGGCGCAGCAGCGCCGCCAGGACCUCGAGGACUCGAUGCAGGCGCACCAGUACUUCGCCGACGCCAACGAGGCCGAGAGCUGGAUCAAGGAGAAGGAGCCGCUCGUGGUCAAUAUGGAUUACGGAAAGGACGAGGACUCCGCAGAGGCCCUGCUCAAGAAGCACGAGGCUUUGGUUUCGGACCUUGAAGCGUUCGGAAACACCAUCACGGCUCUGAAAGAGCAGGCCCAAGCUUGCCGCCAGCAGGAGACGCCAGUGGUGGACGUGACGGGCAAAGAGUGCGUGAUCGCUCUGUACGACUACGCCGAGAAGUCGCCGCGCGAGGUGUCGAUGAAGAAGGGCGACGUGCUGGCCCUCCUCAACUCGAACAACAAGGACUGGUGGAAGGUCGAGGUGAACGACCGGCAGGGCUUCGUGCCGGCCGCCUACGUCAAGAAGAUGGACGCCGGCCUGACUGCGUCCCAGCAGAAUCUGGCAGACAGCAGCUCCAUCGCCGCCAGGCAGCACCAGAUCGAGACGCAGUACUCGAAUCUGCUUUCCCUGGCCAAGGAGCGCCAGAAUAAGCUCAACGAGACCGUCAAGGCCUACGUCCUCGUCCGCGAGGCCGCUGAGCUCGCCUCCUGGAUCAAGGACAAGGAGAAGCACGCACAGGAAAACUACGCGCAAGUGCAAGACGUGGGCGAGGACCUGGAGCAGGUGGAGGUGCUGCAGAAGAAGUUCGACGACUUCCAGGCCGAUUUGAAGGCGAACGAGGUUCGUCUGGCCGAGAUGAACGAGAUCGCGGUGCAGCUGAUGAGCCUGGGCCAGACGGAGGCGGCCCUCAAGAUCCAGACGCAGAUCCAGGACCUGAACGAGAAGUGGACUUCGCUGCAGCAGCUGACCACCGAGCGCGCCGAGCAGCUCGGCUCGGCGCACGAGGUGCAGCGUUUCCACCGCGAUGUUGAUGAGACCAAGGACUGGAUUGUCGAGAAGGACGAGGCUUUGAAUAACGAUGACCUCGGCAAGGACCUCCGCUCCGUGCAGACGCUCCAGCGCAAGCAUGAGGGACUCGAAAGGGACCUCGCUGCCCUUGGAGACAAGAUUCGUCAGUUGGACGAGACAGCGACGCGUCUGAUGCACUCGCACUCGGACACUGCCGACCAGACGUACGCGAAGCAGCUGGAGAUCAACGAGACGUGGCAGCAGCUGACGGCCAAGGCCAACAGCCGCAAGGAGAAGCUGCUCGACUCUUACGACCUGCAGCGCUUCCUCUCCGACUACCGCGACCUCAUGAGCUGGAUCAACUCGAUGAUGGGCUUGGUGGCCAACGACGAGCUCGGCCGCGACGUCACCAGCGCCGAGGCCCUCCUCGAGCGCCACCAGAAUUACCGGUCAGAAAUCGAUGCGCGAUACGGUGUGCCCUAUUACCAGGAGCACCGCACGGAGAUCGACGCUCGCGCCGGCACGUUCCAGGCGUUUGAGCUGUUCGGCGGGCAGCUUCUGCAGUCUGGCCACUACGCGUCGGUCGAGAUCCAGGAGAAACUCGAGUCGAUGGCCGAGGCGCGCCAGGAGCUGGAGAAGGCGUGGAUCGCACGCCGCAUGCAGCUGGACCAAUGCCUCGAACUGCAGCUCUACUACCGCGACUGCGAGCAGGCCGAGAACUGGAUGUCCUCCCGAGAGGCCUUCCUCGCCGCUGAAGAAGUCGAUUCAAAGGGCGACAACGUUGAGGCGCUGAUCAAGAAGCACGAGGACUUCGACAAGGCGAUCGGCGCGCAGGAAGAGAAAAUCGCGGCGCUGCAGACCUUGGCCGAGCAGCUGAUGGCCGCUGAGCACUACGCGGCGCCGGCGAUCGACGCCAAGCGGAAGGAGGUGCUCGGCCGGUGGCGCCACCUCAAGGAGGCGCUGAUCGAGAAGCGGUCGCGCCUCGGCGAGUCGCAGACGCUGCAGCAGUUCAGCCGCGACGCCGACGAGAUCGAGAACUGGAUCGCCGAGAAGCUGCAGCUGGCCACCGAGGAGAGCUACCGCGAUCCGGCCAACAUCCAGUCCAAGCACCAGAAACACCAGGCCUUUGAAGCGGAACUCGCCGCUAAUGCGGAGCGCAUCCAAGCUGUCCUCGCCAUGGGCAACAACCUCAUCGAGGGCCGACAGUGCGCUGGUUCUGAGGAGCCGGUGCAGGCGCGUCUGGCGUCGAUCGCGGACCAGUGGGAGUACCUGACGCACAAGACGACGGAGAAGUCGCUGAAGCUGAAGGAAGCGAACAAACAGCGGACCUACGUGGCGGCCGUGAAGGACCUGGACUUCUGGCUGGGCGAGGUGGAGUCCCUGCUGAGCACCGAGGACGCCGGCAAGGACCUGGCCUCCGUGCAGAACCUGACCAAGAAGCACCAGCUGGUGGAGGCGGACAUCCAGGCGCACGAGGACCGCGUCGCCGACAUGAACGCGCAGGCCGACUCGCUGAUCGAGAGCGGACAGUUCGACGCGGCCGGCAUCCAGGAGCGCCGCCAGAGCAUCAACGAGCGUUACGAGCGCGUCAAGAACCUGGCCGCCCACCGCCAGGCCAGGCUCAACGAGGCCAACACGCUGCACCAGUUCUUCCGCGACAUCGCCGACGAAGAGUCGUGGAUCAAGGAGAAGAAGCUGCUGGUCGGGUCCGACGACUACGGACGCGACCUCACCGGCGUCCAGAACCUCAAGAAGAAGCACAAGCGCCUCGAGGCAGAGCUUGCCAGCCACGAGCCCGCCAUCCAGUCGGUGCAAGAGGCCGGCGAGAAGUUGAUGGACGUGUCCAACCUGGGCGUGCCUGAGAUCGAGCAGCGCCUCCAGCUGUUGGGACAGGCGUGGGCCGAGCUGAAGCAGCUGGCGGCCGGACGGGGCCGCAAACUGGACGAGAGCCUGACGUACCAGCAGUUCCUGGCCAGAGUCGAGGAGGAGGAGGCUUGGAUCAGCGAGAAGCAGCAGCUGCUCGGCGUCGACGACUACGGCGACACGAUGGCCGCCGUGCAGGGCCUGCUGAAGAAGCACGACGCCUUCGAGACCGACUUCUCGGCCCACCGCGGCCGCUGCGCCGACAUCGGCGACGCCGGCGACAAGCUCGUCGACGCCAACAACCACCACUCGCCAUCCAUCCAGCAGCGAUGCCUCACUUUGCAGGCCUUCGACAUAGAAAAUCUGAGUAUUAAAUUAGCGCAUGGCUCGUUGCAGAGCAAGCUCGAGAACCUGGCUGGCCUUGCCGCGCGUCGUAAGGCCAAGCUGAUGGACAACUCGGCCUACCUGCAGUUCAUGUGGAAGGCCGACGUGGUUGAGUCGUGGAUCGCCGACAAGGAGACGCACGUCCGCUCCGAGGAGUUCGGCCGCGACCUUUCCACCGUGCAGACGCUCCUCACCAAGCAGGAGACCUUCGACGCCGGUCUGCACGCUUUCGAGCACGAGGGCAUCCAGAACAUCACCGCCCUGAAGGACCAGCUGGUGAGCGCCAACCACGAGCAGUCAGCCGCGAUCCAGAAGCGUCACGGCGACGUGAUCGCCCGCUGGCAGCAGCUGCUCAGCGACUCUGACGCGCGCAAGCAGCGCCUGCUGCGCAUGCAGGAGCAGUUCCGACAGAUCGAGGAGCUGUACCUGACGUUCGCCAAGAAGGCGUCCGCCUUCAACUCGUGGUUCGAGAACGCUGAGGAAGACUUGACCGACCCCGUCCGCUGCAACUCCAUCGAGGAAAUCCGCGCGCUCCGCGAGGCGCAUGCACAGUUCCAGGCAUCGCUGUCAACCGCGCAGACGGACUUUGAGUCUCUGGCCGCUCUGGACCAGCAGAUCAAGAGUUUCAACGUCGGUCCGAACCCGUACACCUGGUUCACGAUGGAGGCUUUGGAAGACACCUGGCGCAACCUGCAGAAGAUCAUCAAGGAACGCGACCUGGAGCUGACCAAGGAGGCUCAGCGGCAGGAGGAGAACGACAAGCUGCGCAAGGAGUUCGCAAAGCACGCCAACGCCUUCCACUCGUGGCUCACCGAGACUCGGUUGAGACUUCUUGGCUGGGAUGGUACAUCAAUGAUGGAAGGCUCCGGAAACCUGGAAACGCAGCUCGAGGCAACUAAGAAAAAGGCAGCUGAAGUUCGAGCCAGACGGGUUGAUCUGAAGAAAAUUGAAGAUUUGGGCGCCAUUCUGGAAGAACAUCUCAUCCUCGACAACCGCUACACCGAGCACAGCACGGUGGGUUUGGCGCAGCAGUGGGACCAGCUGGACCAGUUGGGCAUGCGAAUGCAGCACAAUCUGGAGCAGCAGAUCCAGGCGCGCAACCAGUCGGGCGUGAGCGAAGACGCGCUGAAGGAGUUCUCCAUGAUGUUCAAACACUUCGACAAGGAGAAGAGCGGCCGCCUCAACCACCACGAGUUCAAGUCCUGCUUGCGCGCCCUCGGCUACGACCUGCCCAUGGUCGAGGAAGGACAACCCGACCCCGAGUUCGAAGCCAUUCUAGACAUCGUGGACCCGAACAGAGACGGCUUCGUGUCUUUGCAGGAGUACAUGGCCUUCAUGAUCAGCAAAGAAACGGAGAACGUGCAGAGCUCGGAAGAAAUCGAGAACGCCUUCCGCGCCAUCACCGCCGGAGACCGCCCCUACGUCACCAAGGAGGAACUCUACGCGAACCUCACAAAGGAGAUGGCGGACUACUGCGUGUCGCGCAUGAAGCCGUUCGAGGACCCGAAGACCAACAGGCCCACGCCAGGCGCUUUGGACUACAUUGAGUUUACUCGCACCCUGUUCCAGAACUAAAUAUUUUUCGCGUCCCUGCUCGCCGUUUUGUCUUCAAAUCCGGGUCGAAAGCGCCUUCGGAUCGACGUCAAAUCUGGUUUCGGAGGCGCUCGACGCAGGAUUUGCAGCCGGCGAAAGGACGUUUAUUAAUUUAUCCAGAUUAAAAAUAUAAAAAUAUAUUCCGCUAGCUGGUAGGAUUAGAGUUGUCAGGCCCGUGGAUGUUUCGCACUAGUUUUUCUUUCCUCUUUGCAAACUCCAAAUAAUCCUGUAGAUAAAACGGAACAGGAAAAAAUAAACUAUCUGCAUUUAAAGCUGCUUUGGGUGGAACUGCCUUUACACACAUUAACUCUGCGUUUGCGACUCUUCAAUAAAUGGAUUUAAAGUGAAGC